AUGGCACCAGAAGAGAUAAAGAUUAAGAAUAAGCUCAAACGUCAAGAGCUUUUUGCUCAGAUAAAAGACCAAAAGAACAAGGAGCGUCAUAAGAUGAGACAUGCUAGGUCGAAGGAAGAGCGUGAGAAUCCUGAGUUGAAGGAGAAGAGACUGAAGGAGAAUGUCACGAAAACUAUUGACAACAUGAGAGUUUACGAUGAGACUAUCGGUAAAGAGAUUGAAGGUGAUGAGGAUGACUUGAUGAAGUUCUUUAAUUCAUCAUCUAAUGAACCUCCUAAGAUCUUAUUGACUACCAAUGUUAAUGCAAAGAAGAGUGCCUACGAGUUUGCCAAUAUUUUGAUUGAGAUUUUGCCAAACGUCACAUUUAUUAAGAGAAAGUUUGGUAUCACAUUGAAAGAGAUGACUGACAUUUGUAUAAAGAGAAAUUUCACUGAUAUUGUGAUCAUCAAUGAAAACAAGAAAAAAGUUACUGGUUUAACAUUUAUGCAUCUGCCUGAAGGUCCAUCAUUCUAUUUCAAGAUAAGCUCUUUUGUCGAAGUGAAGAAAAUUGUGGGUCAUGGUAAACCAACCAGUCAUAUUCCAGAACUGAUUCUGAACAACUUCCAAACACGACUUGGUAAGACGGUUGGUAGAUUAUUCCAAUCCAUAUUCCCAAAGAAUCCAGAUUUCGAAGGCAGACAAGUAAUAACACUACACAAUCAAAGAGACUAUAUCUUUUUUAGAAGACAUCGUUAUGUGUUCAGGAAUGAAGAGAAGGUGGGGCUACAAGAACUUGGACCACAAUUUACAAUGAAAUUGAGAAGAGUUCAAAGAGGUAUAAAAGAAGAGACCGAAUGGGAACACAGACCAGAGAUGGACAAGGAAAAGAAAAAAUUCUACUUGUGA